UAAAAUAUGUUCAUUAUAAUUUUCCAAAAAACAUUUUCCUUCAUGAUGUAGGUAACAUGACGCACCGUGUUCAAAUCGAAUUACAUAAAUGCACAAAAUACAAGAACCGUUGUUACAAGCAGUUUCAAGGUCCACACAUACUGUUUGACGUAGGUAAAUCUUUUGAAAAGUCAAUUUAGUGUGAUCGCUUCGUUCCUCAUAGUUUGGUGUAAUACUAUUUUUUCUUUUUUUGUGACAACGAUGUUUAUAGUUUUUAUAAUAAAUGCGCUGAACAGUUUAAUGAAAGCAUUAUGCAUUUUAAUGUUAAUAGUGGGAUUGUAUCAAAAGAACACAAACAGAAUUUGCAAGUCGAAAAAAAGACUCGACGGAAAGACCGCUAUCGUGACAGGAGGAACUACUGGUUUGGGAUUAGAAAUAGCUAAAGAUUUGGCUCAUAGAGGGGCCAAAGUUAUUGUAGCUUGCCCAUUCGAAGAUGAAGGAAAUAAUGCAAGAGAAUUUAUUGCCCGGAGCUCAGGAAAUGACAAUGUGGAAUUUAAACAUUUAGAUCUAUCGACAUUUGCUUCUGUUAGACAAUUUGCAACAGCCAUCAAGAAAACCGAAGACAGAUUAGAUAUUUUGGUGAACAAUGCUGGUGUCUGCAGCUACGUUGGCAAGCAUAUAACUGACGAUGGUCUGAAUUUAAUACUGCAAGUUAAUUACUUUGGAACAGUUCUGUUGACACUAUUACUACUGCCGCUUCUUAAGAAAACUGGUAACCUUAAUGAGCCAAGCAGGAUUGUGAAUACUACAUCGCUGAGUCAUUUUAUCGGCAAAGUUGAUUUCGCUGGUUGGAGGAAACCUUUAAACUCAUUCGUUUAUUAUCCAAGCAGUAAGCUAUGUAUCGCUUUGUACACGCGCGAGUUAGCCAAAAGGAUACAUAAUUUUGAUGUGUUAGUGAAUGUUGUGGACCCAGGACUUAGUGGUACGCCUAUGCUCAGGAAAGUUUAUGGGGCAUUAUUAGCAUUUGUUGCAAAUGUGUGUUUUAAGAAUGCCUGGGAGGGGGCGCAAACGGCCAUUUUCGCUGCUGUGAGUGACGAAGCACGUGUAAAUGGAAAAUAUCUGUGUAAUUGUAAAGAAGCGUCACCGAGUCGUGUGCCCUUUAGUUUUGACGAUGAUGAGAAGCGUCGGCUUCUGUGGGAAAAGACGAUGGACGUCGUGAAGUUCGCGGAUCCAGACGUGUUACAAUUGGUUAAAGUUAUAGAUAAAUAGUUGUUAGGAUUGUAAUUAGAGCUAACCCGAAUUCUGCGCAUCGAACUAAGUUAUGGAAGAUUAAGAAAAUAUGGAUAAAAGCAAUGAUUAAAAUAAGAAUAAAGGUAGUCCUCUUGCAUUUGAUAGUUGUAUGAAAUUAUACAGAAGUGAUUUACAUUUUUUUUUAUUAUUUUUUUUUAAAGUUACCAACCAAAUACCUUUAAAGUCAACGGCAUGAGUGUUUUGAUCUUUUGUAUCUUAUAAUAUAAAGAAAAGGUAAAACAAAGAAAGAAUAUAAAAAUCAAUCGAGCGAAACGCUUAACUUGGGAUUCUAUUACAUACAUACAUAUAGUCAUGUCUAUUUUGAAAAUACAGGACUAUAUUUAAUUUUCAAGACUAUUGGAUUCUUAUACCAGUCGCUAAGUACCUACGAGUAUCUGUGAAUCUCAAUCAAAUUAAACGCGGCCUGCUAUAAAAUUAGCUUUAAGUUUUUACCAUAAAAUUAUAAUCAUUCUGACAAAAUUAUGAUUUAAAUAAAUAAAAAUAACUCACCGUGA